UCCAACAUGGCGGCCCCCAUAAAGACACUAGCCAUGGUUUCUAACACAGGUGGUUCGGUGUAUUGCUGAACUGGUCUCCUGUCUGUCUAGCCCGAGCGACAGAAAGUACGAGUUGAAGUUCGUUUCUGGUCACCGCUCCAGAGAGCCAACCGCCCCUCAGAGGGUCAGCAGUUCCCUCUUCUUUCUAGUCCAAGCAAACUCCUCCUCUGCCUCUGGUUUGUUCCCCGCGCCACCUCUGGAUACCCCCAAGGACCUGACCCUACCAGACUCAAAACUAUGAGCUUUCGGCAGCUGCUGUUGCGCUUGACCCGUUCUCUCGGGGCCUCGGGUCCCCCGCGUCGCCUCUGGUGGUACCCAGCCCUCGACACGAUCUCCAUGGUGGGCUCCUGGUCCCCGUCCUCUAGGUCCCCGGCCCAUUGGAAUCAGGUGGUAUCAGAGGCAGAGAAGAUCGUGGGUUAUCCCACGUCCUUCAUGAGCCUCCGCUGCCUGCUGAGCGACGAACUCAGCAACAUCGCUAUGCAGGUGCGGAAGCUGGUGGGGACUCGGCACCCUCUGCUUACCACAGCCAGGGGCCUAGUACACGACAGCCGGAAUAACCUCCAAUUGAGAGGCUUGGUGGUGCUACUUAUUUCUAAAGCAGCUGGGCCCAGCAGUGUCAACUCUUCAUGUCAGAACUAUGACAUGGUCAGUGGGAUCUAUUCAUGCCAAAGAAGUUUAGCAGAGAUCACAGAACUUAUCCAUACUGCUCUCCUUGUACACCGUGGGAUAGUAAAUUUAAAUGAAUUGCAAUCUUCUGAUGGACCACUGAAAGACAUGCAAUUUGGAAAUAAAAUAGCUAUCCUGAGUGGAGACUUUCUUCUAGCAAAUGCCUGCAAUGGACUAGCUCUGCUGCAGAACACCAAGGUUGUGGAGCUUUUAGCAAGUGCUCUUAUGGACUUGGUACAAGGAGUAUACCAUGAAAAUUCUACUUCAGCUAGGGAAAGUUAUAUCACAGAUGAUAUUGGAAUAUCGACUUGGAAGAAGCAGACUUUUCUCUCCCAUGGUGCCUUACUAGCAAAGAGCUGCCAAGCUGCAAUGGAAUUAGCAAAGCAUGAUGCUGAAGUUCAGGAUAUGGCAUUUCAGUAUGGAAAGCACAUGGCCAUGAGUCAUAAGAUAAAUUCUGAUCUCCAGCCUUUUAUUAAAGAAAAGACCAGUGACUCUGUGGCAUUUAAUCUAAAUUCAGCUCCUGUAGUCCUACAUCAGGAGUUUCUUGGAAGAGAUUUGUGGAUUAAGCAGAUUGGAGAGGCUCAAGAAAAAGGAAGAUUAGACUAUGCAAAGUUGCGAGACACAAUCAAAGCUGGCAAAGGUGUGACUUCAGCUAUUGACCUGUGUCGUUACCAUGGAAACAAAGCACUGGAGGCCCUGGAGAGCUUUCCUCCCUCGGAGGCCAGAUCUGCUUUAGAAAACAUUGUGUUUGCUGUGACCAGAUUUUCGUGACUCCAAAUUAAAAAGACACUAUUGUUCGUUUGCCGGAAAAAAAAAAACUAGGGAAUGAGGUGAUCUGGAGAGCUUUCAUGAUAAAAUUUC